GACAAACGCAACUUUUUGCUGCAGCAUCUCAACUACGUCGCGACUGCUCUUGCAAAGCACGCAAAGAUUUUGGCUCCGAAUCUCCAGCUCGGAGUUAUCUGAUCUCGAGCAGCUAGUUCCCUUCACCACGACGCCUUCCGCUCUCCAUCAGUUCGAUACUCAUCAUCUGUUGCGAUGGAACCACCGAUUGCGACGACUACCACCGCUCCCGGCACCAAGCUCUCCCAGUCCCGCUCUCUCCACGUGAAACGCUCGUUUGGCAGCAAGCACCCGAUGCACGCCAACCUCGCUCACGGCCGUUCGGUCGAUUCCCCAGCGUACGACGCUUCAGAAGAGGACAAUGACCCCCUCACAGACAGCAGCGCGUCCGCCGCUUCAGUCCACGCUUCGUCCGCGCAUCCGUCCAGCAACUCCCGCUCGCGCUCCGCCACGAACAAGUCAAACGCUGCGCGGAGACAUGCCCUGGCAUCCGCACUCAUUGAGUCCGACGAGGGCGUGGACUCGCCCACGUACGACGGAGACAUCGAGAGCUGCACGACCGCCGGCCCGGAAACGCCCUAUACCUCGUCUUUGGUCAACCGGAGGGAGCACUACGCGUCCUCAGUUGCUUCUACCCUCUCCCCUGCCUCACCGACCGGCCCUUCGUUCGCCAAUGGAAGCGCAAACGCCCCGCAAAGCACCCCUUCUCCUCCCACCCUCCAUCGACCGACCCCAAGCCACCCGUCCCGCCCCACAGAGCCAUCGCCCGCAAGCAGCUCGUACUUGAGCAACCCGCUAUCGUUUGACCCCGCAAAGCUGAGUCCGGAGGAUAUCCAAGCGUGGUUCCGCCAGACGAUUGAUGGGCCCGGCUGUAAAGUUGGCGACAAAUAUUACAAGAUUAACGAGCCGGCACACCGCAGGCCUGUCAGAGUAUACGCCGAUGGUGUAUAUGAUCUGUUCCACUUCGGCCACGCCCUUCAGUUACGCCAAGCAAAGCUUGCGUUCCCGGCUGUCUCACCGGAGAAUCGAGAGGGCGAAUGGACACCCGGUGUGUACUUGCUCGCGGGCGUCAACUCGGAUGAACAGUGCGAAAGCAAUAAGAGCCGGACCGUCAUGUCCCACGCAGAGCGAUGCGAGGCCGUACGGCACUGCCGGUGGGUGGACGAAGUCGUGCCAGAAGCGCCAUGGGUCAUCGGAGCCGAUUUUCUCGAGAAGUACAACAUCGACUACGUCGCGCACGAUGUGGACCCGUACGGCAGCGCGGGGCACGACGACGUGUACGCGUUCUGCAAGAUGCAGGGCCGCUUCCUGCCGACGCGGCGCACGCCGGGCAUCAGCACGUCGGACCUGCUCGCGCGCCUCGUGAGCGGAUACCGCCACCGCGUGUUCGACAAGAAGCUCGCCAAGAUGGGCAUGCACGCGCUCAUGGCCGAGGGUUCCGACUGGGACGAGAGCGCGAACCCGAGCGCGAGCCCCAGUCGUGCGGCGACGCGCCCGGGGAGCCCGAGCGCGGAGAAGCACGCGGAGCAGCACACGGAGGAGGGGAAGCAGGAGGGCUAGGGUUGCUCUUUUUUCUCGACUGGGAUUAAAAAACACGCACGUGGAAUAGAUGAUUGGACGGGGUUGCUCAGUGUGUAUCUCGACGUCUCCAGCACUGGCACAAUGGCACUUUGGUUGUGCACGACCUCUGUGUGGCGAGCUGUUAAACGCGCGAGAGGCUGAUAGCGCUUUGCUACGGCCCUGGCGACAAAAGUCGCAUUGCACGCGGUUGAAUUUCGCUCAUUGCGCAGCGCCUCCUGUGCCUGAGUUAUGAAUAUCGCCAUGCCGUAUGUCUGGGCGGUCCAUAGGAUGCCGGAGCGACCGCAUGCCAGCGUCUUCCCUCUGCAGCACCGGACACUCUUUCGUCAGCGGUACAUGAUGUGCAGACCCAGCUGUGCCUAUGUUGCUCGAGUCGGGUGCACGUCAAAUCGACCUCAGUCGACGUUACGUACAGCUGCCUUUCGUAGUCCUCACUUCUUGAGGAACUGGGCGACUUGUCCGCUGGCCAAGUGCGAGCUCAAGCACCAAAUCUGGGUCAUUCAUGAGCAUGCCUCAUUUUACAAAAGAUGCACAGGUGCACAUGUGCAUGGGUAAGUUACAAGAUCACCGCUGGCGGCUUUAGGAAGAUGAUUGAUGUUGCAAGGACUGAUAUUCGCACCUAUCAUCAUAUGCCCUGUACGGAGCUGCGGCACUUCGCGGUGCGGGGCGCCCGGAGUGCCCGAGGAGCAAACCAAUAAAGC